GUAGUAGCUCAGUUGCUCAGUGUCAAAAAAAUCGCGGCUUUUAUGUUUUUGUUUUAUUCCCUGUUAAAAUUUUCUCAUAAAAAGCCAAAAAUAUCAUAAAUUGUGUAUAAUUGUUGUUAAAAGGACACAGGAAGUGUUAUAUAUUCCACCAAGUGUACUUAAAUUGCAUUUACUUUGCUCCUUGUGAUGAUUUUCCCUGUAACUUGUUGAACAUAACCUUAAAAUCAGAAUGCAGGAGGAACAGAUGAAUGUUUUCAAUGAAAAUUUGCCAAAAUUGAUUAAAUCACUCACAGGAUUCAAUGAAAAAGACAAAAAUUUCAAGUUGUGCAGGGAUUUUGCACGGGCUAGAGUCCAGAGAUUCGAUGUCUCAUACGUUUGCAGAAGCGAAGUCAGAAGGAGAAUUCAGGGAAUUGCUGAGAGAUUAGAAGUAGAGAAUCUCGAACAAUAUGCAGAAAAACUUCAGAGAGAUUUUAAGCAGUUGGUUAUUCAAGAAAAUGGGGAAGAGUUCAGUGAUUCUCAUCGGAAUUGGAAGAUUCUCGAGCUCCUAUUGGCUCUGUCUAAAAACCCAAUUGAAGGGGCCAAGAGCUUAAGAAGGAGCGAAGAAUUAAAUCCAUUUGAUGCUUUAGAAACCCUUCCAACGGAAAUGCCCGAACAAUCGAAACCAUCGAAGAAAGUCGAGUGGAGAAAUAUUGAAGAUUCCGAUUUGAGUGAGUGGAGUGAAUCUGAGGACGAAGAGCCUAAAGCUACAGAAACCGAUGGAGCAGAUCUCAAAAUGUUUCUCAGAUACUUACCAGGAGAUGAUCCUUCCAAUCAUCGAUCAACUUCUGCAGAAGAUGCAACGGAUUCUGAGGAAUCUGAAUCAUCUUCAUCGCUCUCAGCAUCUCUCUCGGACCGUGUACCCUUUUCCCUGCGUCACUGUCCCAUUCGCGAAGUCAUCUGGAUGUUUUUCCAUCCGGACAACUGCAAUUUCUAUCGCAUCGAAGAUAACACGGUCAAACUUCGUGACGACGUCGAUCUGUCCAAUAUAAUCGUUUUCAGGAAGUUUAUGGCUGAUUUCACACAACCCAUGACCACUGUCUUGCGUCUGAGGACUUUCUGCCGCCGUGUCCUGAACGCUGAAGAUUCCCCGCCGCAGGUCUAUUUUAUUUACGCGGAAGCCCUAAAGGACAUUCUGCGUCCCCUGGAGGAGUACCUUCUGGAGAUGGAGAAGAAAAUCACGCCUGAAACAAUGAAUGAACCAGCCACUCUCUUGGACUUCAGUCACGCUCUGGAUCCACAUUUUAAGGUGUUGAAGCAUCUGAUAAAGAUUCACGAGAGGGUUGUUGUCGAGUGGAAAUACUUUCCCCGUCACAUCUGCAGCGCUUUUCUUCAGGCAAAACUCUUCCAUAUCGUCCAGAGUGGUCUCAAUCGAGUGGAAGUUAAUGUGGCUGCUUCCUUGUUCGUCUGUGUCAAUCAAUUCUAUCUUCAGAUAAUCCAUUCUUGGUGGUCCUUUGGGAAGAUCAGUGAUGAGCAAAAGGAGUUUAUUGUAAAGGAUAGAAAUGUUGACAGUGGUGUUAUAUUCCGUUCCUUCCAACUUGGUGGAUUUAAGACCACCCCGCAGGAACGUGAGAUGAAUGAAUUGCUGGACAAAUGUCCAAUUUUGGCUCUCCUCAAGAAUUCCUGUGAGAAAAUUGAGGAGAGACUCGAUGCCAUUCAUGCUCUCAAUCGUGCUGGAAGUUAUCGGAUGAAGACGACAAAUUCUCUGUGCCAAGACUUUUUGGGCAAAUUUAUGAAUGCAUUGGAGGAUUUUCUAUCGCCUGAAAGUACAGAAAAUUCUCGGUCUUCAUCUGUUGGUAGGGAAUUUGGUGAGUUCCAGAAGCAAACCUUGGAGAAUGGUGGAAAGAUUUUGCUGCAGCUCUUUGAGAAGUCUAUGAGUAAAUCCAGUCAGAGCCACUCGACGGUGAAUAUGGUGCUGAGGAAUUUGAUGGAAAGGAGCAAAGGAAUGUUACCUCUGGAGAGGAUAACCACUAAAAUUCUCAGUGAGACGCUAAAUACGGAGAUUCAGGCAUCGGACAGGGUAAUGGUGGAAAUUUAUUCGAAAGAAUUGAAUUUAUUGAAGCAUUUUCGUCUCAUCCGGAGAGUUUUUCUUUUGGAGGACAGUUCAACGAUGUAUACCUUUUAUUCGCGCUUUUUUGAGGAGAUUGAGACACGACAGGAUGGUAUUCAUCCACUUUCACUCACGAUAAAUCUUCAGAAUGUCCUGUCCACAAAGUAUCCUGAUAGUCACAGUCUCUUUCGCCUGGAAGUGGCCUCAUUGCACAACUGCAAGACGGGCAAUGUUCUCCAGGUUAUCAGGCAAAUUAGUUUGAUGUACAAAGUGACUCCAAAUAUUGCCAGAGUGUUCGAUGAGAGUUCCAUGAGGAACUACAAUCGUCUCUUUGUUUUUCUGCUGAGUAUCAAAUGGAGUCUGUGGACCCUUGAAGGUCUCAAGUUCACCAAGAGUUUCUCAGGGGCAUCGCCGUAUGCUCCGCUCACGGAAAAGCUGCGCAAUGGUCGACGUCUGGCCAUUAUACGCUUCUGGAUUCUCUACGCCCUCAACAAUAUCCACUGUCAUCUCAUGAGUGAGGCCCUUGAGCGUCUUGGUCAUGAAGUUGAGCAGGGAAUUGAGGCAGCGCAGAGUCUACAGGAUAUAAUCAGUGCGCACAAUGUCUACUUGGAUACACUCCUUGAGCAUUGCUUCCUCCAGCGAGAUGGUGAAAAAAUCCUCACGGGCAUCAAUCAGCUUUUCCAUCUCGUGCAAGUUGUUCGCAGUGAAUGGAUAGCUAUUGACAAGGAUUUUGACACAGAUGAUGAGGAUUCUUUCCAAAUGGACUCGCAGAUUGAUCAAAUUGAAAAGACCUACAUGGAAUGUCAUCGGUUCCUGUCUGAAACGCUCAAUCAGGAAGUUGCCAUCAAUGGGAAAACCUACCUCAGUGGACUCGUGUCAGCUUUCGAUCGGAGACUGCCCUAUUGAGCUCAUGGCAUCGAUCAGGUGAUUUUUUUCAUUAAAUUUUUUGUAGCAUUUCCUUAAAUUUCGAAACAUUUUUCUCAAAAAAAAAAAUCUUACAUAUUGCA